CGCGUUGCGGUUGAAACAAAAAGCAAACAAGAAUUGAUAAGCGCAAGCAAUGUACUUCUAGCAGUUCAACUAUAAACUACUGUGCACAUACAUAUUUUUGAUUCAGUGGAAAAAUUUUUGUAUUGUGUAAAAAAUCAGUUAGACAAACGGGCGACAUUUAUAAAAAAAAAAAAAAAAAAUAAAUAAAAAUCAAGUUUUCAUCUACGGACAAUAUUAGCAAAAUUUUCGCCGAAAGGGCGAUAGUUAUCGCUGCCAAAAUAAACACAACAGAUAUAUACACAUGUAUGUACUUACACACACACAAGAGUAUAUGAACAAAUAAAUUAAAUAAACUGUAGCCGUGCUUAAGUGAAAAAAAAACGUUGAAAUUAAUUUAGUAACAAAAUGGUUUGCGUCACGGAAGAUACAUUCGGUAGCACAAUUAAUCCGCUCACCAACAAAGAGGUGGUAAUUAGGCGUUUCACAAUCAGCAAUGAUCGCAGCAUGUCCAUGCAGUUGAUAACAUUCGGUGCAACAAUAACAUCACUGAAAGUGCCAGACUCGCAUGGCAUGGUGGACGAUAUAGCGCUGGGCUUUGAUAAUAUUGAAGGCUACUUGACUGAAAAUAACCCCUAUAUUGGUUGCACUGUCGGUCGUGUUUGUAGUCGCGUCGGUAAUGGCAGUUUCACGCUCGAUGGCAAACAGUAUGAGGUCACAAAGAAUUUCCUAGGCAAGCAUAUGUUGCAUGGUGGCCUUCAUGGCUUUAGCAAGGUUAUCUGGGAAGUGGAUCAGGUGCGUCCGGAUGGUGUUGUUUUCAAGUUCAUCUCACCAGAUGGCCAUGAGGGAUUCCCCGGUGAAGUGGUUGCUACUGCCACCUACACGCUCACCGAUGAUAAUUGUAUGCGGUUUUGUUUGGAAGCAACGGCCGACAAGCCAACACCGGUCAAUAUGACUAAUCAUGCAUACUUCAAUUUGGCAGGGCAUAAUUCCGGCAAGCAAGGCAUGGUGGAACAUAUUGUUAAGAUUAAGGCUGACUGCCUCACUGAUAUGGACGAAGAAACUGUGCCGAAUGGCAAAUUUAUUUGCUUAGAUAAUCACCCUUUGGACUUGCGAAAGUUAACAAAUGUUGGUGUUGGUCUGAAGCAAAUUGCGAAUAUUGCUAAGGGAUACGAUCACAAUUACGUGCUCAAGUACACACCCGGAUGUAUAGAGAAGCAAGCAAAAGCCUUUCAUCCGCCAAGCGGCCGCUGCAUGGAAAUUGCCAGCAAUCAACCUUGUAUGCACUUCUAUACAGCGCACAAUAUGCCCGACUUGGAGGCCAAAACCAAUCAACCCAUGAUCAUCGGCAAGGGACACAGCCUUUACGAGAAGCACGGCUCAUUCUGCAUGGAAACGCAUUGGUUCCCGGAUGCUGUGAAUCAUGAUAACUUUCCGUCGGUCAUAUUGACCCCCGGCGAAACAUAUCAGCACGUUUGCAUAUUUAGAUUUGGCGUUUAUGAUCCCAAUUGUGAGCGUCACAGCAGCCAAUUUUGUGACUGAGGUACAAACAAGAGGAAGCAGCACUUAGCACGGCUACAGGAAAGUGGAAAAAGAAAGAAUAUAAUUGAGUGAGAAUAGAACAAAUGCAU